GAGAGGGGUGAUUUUGUGUGUAAUAAGAUAUGAAGCUGCACGAGAAUCUACUUAUAUUUGUGUUGGUUAUUUGGCUGGUGGCUUCAUUAAUGAUCCAGGGCUCAGACCACCAUGAAAGGAAGCCUUAUAUCGUGUAUAUGGGAGAGCUGCCGCUCGGAUCUCGGUCCACGGUGGCGGAUCACCACCACAGCUUGCUUUUGGACGCCAUUGGAGAUGAAAAGACAGCGAGAGAGUCGAAAAUCCACAGCUACGGAAAGAGCUUCAAUGGGUUCGCGGCCAGACUGUUGCCUCACGAAGCCGACAAGAUCUCAAAACGUGAGGAUGUGGUUUCGGUGUUCCGGAGCAGAAAGCAAAGAAUUGUAACGACAAGAUCCUGGGACUUUUUGGGACUCAAUAAACGCUCUAAACGUAACCCUUCCCUUGAGGCUAAUCUCAUUGUCGCUGUUUUGGAUACAGGGAUUUGGAUAAAUAGUCCUAGCUUCAGUGACAAAGGGUACGGGCCCCCUCCCGCCAAAUGGAAGGGCAAAUGCGUAACUGGCGCCAACUUCAGCGCCUGCAACAACAAAGUGAUAGGCGCGGCAUACUUCGAUCUGGACGACCAAAACCCAGCUGCGGCGAGGAGCGUGGCGGACACGGAGGGCCAUGGGUCCCACACCGCGUCCACGGUGGCGGGGUCUGCGGUGGAGGGUGCCAGCCUGUACGGGCUGGCCAGAGGGACGGCUCGGGGCGGGGUGCCAUCGGCUCGGAUCGCGGUCUACAAAGUGUGCUGGAGUAUCUUUUGCAGCGAGAUGGACGUGCUGGCCGGGUUCGACCAGGCCAUCGCGGACGGCGUGGAUUUGAUUUCCGUCUCCAUCGGCUCCCCGCCGAUGGACCUCUUCAGGGACAGCCAGGCCAUUGGGGCUUUUCACGCCAUGAAGAAGGGGAUUUUGACCUCCUCCGCCGCCGGCAACUACGGCCCCCAGUUGUCCACCGUCGAGAAUGUCGCGCCCUGGAUCAUGACCGUCGCUGCAACCGCCAUUGAUCGAAGAUUCAUCACCGUUCUCCAACUCGGUAAUGGCAGCAAAUUUACUGGAUUCUCCAUCAACACUUUCUCGGGGGGCAAACAAAUGCAGCCUCUAACCAGCGGGGCCAAGGCUGCCAACGCUACCGCCGGAUCCAACCGAGGAAACGCAAGUGCUUGUGAUGCCGAAGCUCUUAGCCAGAGCAAAGUGAAGGGAAGGAUUGUGUAUUGCCUUGGAAAUUACGCAGACCCCAACAUCAAAUCCUUGGGAGGCGUUGGAGUCAUUCAACUUCUUCAACCACAAACUGAUUAUUCCUCUAUCCUCGUUCUCCCCGGGGCUGCCAUCCCUUCUAUCUCUGGCAAAUCUGUUGAUCUCUAUAUCAACUCCACCAAGAAUCCUAGAGCUGUCAUCUAUAAGAGUAGAACUAUAAAAAUCACUGCUCCUUUUGUUGCCUCUUUCUCAUCUAGAGGGCCGCAGUCAAUCACCCGCAACAUUCUCAAGCCUGAUCUUGCUGCACCAGGGAUAGACAUCUUGGCUGCUUAUACAGAAUUGGCGAGCUUAACAGGGGACACGUCCGACAGUAGAUAUAGUUUAUUCAAGGUAAUGGCAGGUACAUCCAUGGCUUGUCCUCAUGCCACCGCGGCUGCUGCCUAUGUUAAGUCGUUCCACCCCGAUUGGUCUCCUGCUGCUGUCAAGUCUGCUCUCAUGACGACUGCGACUCCAAUGAAGAUCAAAUUCAAGGAAGCUGAGCUUGGCUCUGGAGCAGGACAAAUAAAUCCGACAAGGGCAGUGCAUCCAGGCCUUGUUUAUGAUAUUUCACUCAACUCCUACGUCUCUUUCCUCUGCAAACAAGGCUACAACAGCACAGCAAUUGGCCUAAUUGUUGGUAGCAAGAAGUAUAACUGCUCCAUGUUGAAGCCUGCACGAGGCACCGAUGGACUUAACUACCCUACAAUGCACCAACAGCUCUCCGAUCCUAGUUCUGCCAUUGACGCGGUCUUUUAUCGGACAGUGACUAAUGUCGGGUACGGAGCAUCGUUGUACAGGGCAAAUAUAACAUCCCCAGAUGGCCUCUCUGUCAAAGUUUUCCCAGACACUCUUAAUUUUGCUAAGUCACACGAAAGGAAGACAUUUAAAGUUGUGGUGAAGGGAAAUCCUAUGCCAAAAGGAAUACAGAUUCUAUCAGCUUUGCUUGAGUGGACCGAUUCUAAACACAUCGUUACAAGCAAUAUUCUCAUCUGUAGGCAGUUAUUGAUGUAAGUUUUGAUUUGGUCUUUGCCAGCAGUAACAGUGACAUUUCAGACUAGAUGAUCAGUCACUAGAAGAGAUGCAGUAUUUGUUUUCAGUAUCGGCGUCAUAACUUAUUUUCCUUGUACAUAAUGAUUGAUGAAUUUGUUCUCUCAUUCCUUUUUGUCCACAAAAUUCUGCUUCGUU